AUGUCGAGUAGAUACGCAUUCACAAAGGCCCUCAAGGAGGUGCGCUUUCUGUUCUGCCAGACGUCGGAGCAGAGCGCUGCCGUGCGGUCGUUCCUCACGCGCGCCUACCCCACCAUGAAGAAGAACAAUCCCCAGAUCCCGAUCCUCAUCCGCGAGGCGCAAGGGACGCUGCCCAAGGUCUACGCCAGAUACGAGUUUGGUCAUGAAAAGUCACAGUCGCUGGAGGGGUUGUCGGAUAAGCAAAUCGAGGAGACUGUCACGGGACUAGUGAAGAACGGGGCAUAG